GUAGGAUUCCAUGGCAAAAUGGAAUCACAGUCUGCAAAUUACCCACAAAAACACAAACGCACUUCUCUUUCUCUCUAUCGUAUACGGCAACAUCAUCCAUAUCUCUCAAUACCCAGAAAAGAGAGAGAAAGACAAUAAUUUUCCUGAUUUUCAUAGCCACCGUUCCAGAGAAAAAAUGCCUGAACAAGAAGACGAUAACAAGUCAAAGGAUAACAAUACACCAAUUCUUGGAGUUGGAGAUAGAGAAAGAGGAGAGAGUUUUAUGGACUUGGAUCUUGAUCUUGAAAAUUCAUGGCCUCUAGAUCAGAUCUCUUAUCUUUCUAGUAACAUCAAUAAUAAUAAUAACAGUCUUUUGUCUCCUUUUCUUUUAACUUCUUCUGACCAGCAGUUGCCUUGUUCUCCUCUUUGGGCUUUCUCUGAUGGUGAUGAUGAUAAUAGGAAUGCUACUUCUGCUUCUUCUCAUGCUAAUACUACUCCUCUUGCUGCUUCUGCUGGCCUCCGUUUCUCUGAUUAUCCAAUUUUUGUCACAUGCAAUCCUAAUUCAGGUUAUAAUGUCCCUGCGGAAAAUGAUGAUAAAAGAAAGCUUCCUUCCCCACUUUUGGGAUUGAUGCCCAUUGACAACCCAGAUGGGUAUUGCAUAAUUAAAGAGAGGAUGACACAAGCACUUAGAAAAUUCAAAGACUCAACUGAACAGCAUGUUCUAGCUCAGAUAUGGGCGCCCGUGAAGAAUGGGGGAAGGUAUGUGCUGACGACUUCAGGGCAACCCUUUGUAAUUGAUCCUCAUAGCAAUGGACUUCAUCAGUAUAGGAUGGUCUCUGUGAUGUAUAUGUUCUCGGCGGACGGGGAGAGUGACGGGGAACUUGGGCUUCCUGGCCGUGUUUUCCGGCAAAAAUUGCCAGAAUGGACUCCUAACGUGCAGUAUUACUCUAGCAAGGAGUAUUCACGGCGUGAUCAUGCUCUAAAUUACAAUGUUCAGGGAACCUUGGCCCUGCCAGUCUUUGAACCUUCAGGACAGUCCUGUGUUGGUGUUAUUGAGCUCAUAAUGACUUCACAGAAGAUUAAUUAUGCACCUGAGGUUGAUAAAGUCUGCAAGGCACUUGAGGCAGUAAACUUGAGAAGUUCAGAAAUAUUGGAUCAUCCAAGUACACAGAUUUGUAAUGAAGGUCGUAAAAAUGCACUGGCUGAAAUAUUGGAGAUAUUGACAGUGGUUUGUGAGACUUACAAAUUAGCUUUGGCUCAGACUUGGAUUCCAUGCAUGCAUCGUAGUGUUCUAACCUAUGGUGGUGGUCUGAAGAAGAGCUGUACCAGCUUUGAUGGUAGUUGCAAUGGCCAAGUGUGCAUGUCCACAACUGAUCUUGCAUCGUAUGUUGUAGAUCCUCAUAUGUGGGGUUUCCGGGAUGCUUGUCUUGAGCAUCAUUUGCAAAAGGGUCAAGGUGUUGCUGGGAGGGCUUUUUUAUCCCACAAUGCAUGCUUCUGCCAAGACAUUACCCAAUUCUGCAAGACUGAGUACCCCUUAGUACACUAUGCACGCUUGUUUGGAUUGACCGGAUGUUUUGCAAUCUGCUUGCGUAGCAGUUAUACUGGAGAUGAUGAUUAUGUUCUUGAGUUCUUUUUGCCCCCUACCAUCUCAGAUAGUUAUGAACAGAAGUCUUUGUUGGGAUCCCUAUUAGCAACAAUGAAGCAGCAUUUCCAGAGUCUUAACGUUGCUUCUGGAAUGGACCUUAAAGAGGAGGAGGGAUUUGUUGAGAUUAUUCAAACUUCUACAAGUGGGAGGCUUGAUUUGAGACUUGAAUGUAUUCAAAUUCCCCAGUCUCCAAACUCUCCGCCUAAUACUAACACAUUUCCAAAGGAUGGACACGUGACCCUUCCACAUUCAUCAAAGCAUCCAUUAAUGGUGGACUUGGAUGUUGUAGAUAAUGGAGGAAACAUUGGUCAUGCAGAGGGAACACAUACUUCUCCUCCUCCUGUGGAGAACAAAGGGACCAGAAAGCCAUCAGAAAAGAAACGUGGGAAAGCUGAGAAGUCUAUCAGUCUAGAGGUUCUCCAACAAUAUUUUGCUGGAAGCCUUAAAGAUGCUGCGAAGAGCCUUGGUGUCUGCCCUACUACAAUGAAGCGCAUCUGCAGGCAGCAUGGGAUCUCUCGUUGGCCAUCUCGCAAAAUCAACAAGGUUAAUCGUUCCCUCACCAAGUUGAAACGGGUGAUUGAAUCCGUUCAAGGUGCUGAAGGAGCAUUUGAUUUGACACCUCUUGCUACAAGUCCACUUCCUGUCGCUGUUGGUUCUAUAUCUUGGCCUUCAAAUCUGAAUGGGUGCAAUCAACAGAACUCACCGAACUGUAAAUCCCCCGAACCUCAUGGUGAAAAGAAUGGAUCACCCAUAUGCAAAACACCGGAAAGUGAUGGACGAACUGGGGCUGUCGAUCAAUUGCUUGGAGUUAGAAUAUUGAGCCAAGAAGAACUGGCUCAGCAAAAUGGGUUUCCACCAGAGUUAGGCCAAGGCGCAAAGAGAAUCAAAGCAGGGAGUGGCUCAAGGGAAGAGAGUGUUGGGACUCCAACCUCUAAUGGUUCAUGUCAAGGCAGCCCAGCUAAUGACAGUAUGCCUGCAAAGGAUGCAUCCGUUUCUCCUGUACAUAAACAAUGCAUCAAAGCUGGUGGCUCUCCUGAAUUGGCAUUCCAAGCAAAGGGGGAGCUGAAUCUGGCAGCUGCAUACUCAAUACCUGAUGUUCUUGUUGCAACAGAAGCUCGAGAGCCAUUUGGAGAAAUGUUACUUGAGGGUGCUGGAAGUUCAAAAGAUUUGAGAAAUCUUUGUCCCUCAAUUGCAGAUGCUUUUCUAGAUGAGCGGAUUCCAGAAACUAGUUGGACAAACCAUCCUUGUCAAAAUUUACCUUCGACACAAACAAUGGUGGCUCUUGAAUCGGCAAUUUCACUGCAAGAAAUAAAGAGUGUAACCAUAAAGGCAACAUACAGAGAAGAUAUAAUAAGGUUCCGGAUCUCUUUGAGUUCUGGGAUUGUUGAGUUAAAAGAGGAAGUGGCCAAGAGGCUGAAGUUGGAGGUAGGUACUUUUGACAUAAAGUACCUCGAUGAUGAUCAUGAAUGGGUUUUGAUAGCCUGCGACGCAGACCUGCAGGAGUGUAUUGAUAUUUCAAGAUCAUCAGGCAGCAAUAUAAUCAGAUUAUCAGUUCAUGAUAUGAAUGUCAAUCUUGGAAGCUCCUGUGAAAGCACUGGUGAGUUAUGAUUAAUUUGUAUAUAUUGGCAGGUUUAGGGCACCAUUUUCAGAGUCAUAGGUUCUAGGGAAAUGAAACUGUAGAUUUUGGUUGCAAGAAUUUGCUUCAGUUGUAAGAAAAUUUUCCAUGAAAUUGUAGAAAUCCCCCAUUCCUCUAUAUUUGUGAUAGAGUGACUGGUACAAGUUAAUCCCAGUCGAUAUAUAUAAGCAGUUUUCGUGUAAACUCUUGUACGCAAGUAAAAAUGCAUCUGAUAUUUAUGCUGACAUUUUAGAGGUUAA